AUGAGGGUGGUGAUGAUUACAUCGAACGACAUCCUCAAGCUCGCGUCUCAGACAAUCGGCAAGUUCUCAGUUGGCAUGGACUUCGAGUAUUUCACCUCCAGCCAUGCCCCGCUGCAUCCCAUCGUCACCAAUAUUACCAACCUUCACUCUUUGAAGAAGAAAAUCACCGCCCACAGAGAACGAUACCGCAAUCUUCCAUUCGGUGACCCAGCUACAUUGAAGAAAGUGCAGCGCAUAAUUGACGGUUGUUUUGAGUUCAAUCUAACAUUGCUAGAGACCAAAAUAUUGCUAUAG